GGUAGCACGUGCUGUAUUAAAACGAAAAGGGAAGAGAAGUUGUACAUUACGCGGCCUGUUUCCGUUUCAAUUUUUCUUUUCGCCUGUAUGAAGACGGCGUAUCAACACACACACACACACAACGCCUCGUAUUGAGAGAUCGCAGUGCACUGUGUGGGCGAGGAUUUUCCUUCCUGCGCUGCGAUUUAGUAGUAGUUUCAAAUUAGACCGCUCUUUUCUUCGUCUGCUGUCCGUCACUGCGCCAACAACGGUGACAACAGACACGCAAACAAAUAUCUUCCUCUUCUGCGUGGAGACGCAAGGUUGCCUCGCAUCGUAGCAGGCAGCAGCUUUUGUCCGUAGAAACUUGCGUAUAUCCUCUCGCUGUGUUGAUCCUUUUAUUUGUCAUUUAUCUCCCUUCUCUUUUUUACUGUUCUGUUCUUGUUAUCGCCCUGAGCGAGCGGGCCUUGUGCGGUUCUUCUCAUCCUGAAAGCUCCUUCUAGCAGAAAACCGAAGAAGAAAAACCCAUCUCCCCAUUCAGGUGGAGUGACUCGUAAUUGGGGAAAAAAAAACUGCACACACACACACACGCGCACACCGCACCGAUCUAUACAUCCUUCUGCGGAGGCGUUGUAUUUCGAUUCGUAAGCUAUCGCCUUUCUUUUACCUUUCUCGAGUCCAGCAUUUCUCUCUCCCACUCACCGCGUGGUGCGCCUUCCUUGCGUGUGCGUUAAUAGCAGAGCUCUGCGUGCUAAAUCUUUUCCUGCCAUUUUUUUACUUCCCUCUCCGCCGCCCCUCAGGAGCCGCACAUGGACAAACACACAAACCGCCCCCUCCCCGUCAUCAUGCCCGGCGCUCCCAAGGACUACUACACCUCGAUGGUGUACAAGUCCAAUUACCAGGACACGCAAACACCCUUCGUCAUGGGUGCGGCACCAAAAAAGAAUCCGCAGCCGUACCGCACGCCCUUUAACAGCGGCCUGCAAGGUAGCGCCAGCAGCGCCCUGUCGGACGGCAGCGCUUUAUCGAUGCCUCCUUCUGUCGCAGCGAUGAGUGCGGCAACGCUGACGCCGCAGCAGUCAUCGGGGCAGCAGACCGCCUACAUUCCCAGCCGGCCGAGCGGUUACGAAACCUUCGACGCGGUAAAGCCCGCUGGGAGGCUCUACACGCACAACCCGUACGCCUCCUCCUGCACGACGCCCGUCGUGGACGGCUUCCCCAGCGGGUACCAAAACCCCUACAACUCUUCCGCUAUGCGGUGCAGCAACUCUGUCGCCGUGCCGCACGGUUUGCUGAAUGCGACACGUCCCGUCUACGCCGCCUCUGACGUCAGCGGUGGCGGUGAGGCGAGUGUGUUGGCCUCCACGCUGGAGGAGCAGUUCCUCGGUGUGGUGGGUGGCAUCGCGGCCACCGCCAUGUCCUGGCGCGGUCGGCUACUGCUGCUGAGUGUGUUGCGCCUGCAGCACGUGGACAAGAUUCAGAUGAUCUACGACGAGAUCGCACCGCAGUUUAACAUGGUGGCAGUGGAUCAGCACGGAUGCCACGUGGUACGCACGUUGAUUGAGUACAUCACCGCGGAGCAGAUGGAGGCGCUGGUGCCGUUCAUCGACCCGGCGGUGGUGCUGCAGAUGGCCACGGCUACGCAGCACACCCGCCGUGUUCUGCAGGCGAUCUUCGAGCACCACAAAUCGGAGGCUCUCAUGCCACUCGUCGAGGUGGUCAAGACGGACUGCAAGCGGCUCUCCAUGACACAGCAGGGCUGCAUCGUCAUUAUCCGCAUCGUCGAGUACGCCAUGCCGGCGCAGAAAAAAGCCCUCAUCAACGAGCUAGUGCCCAUCCUGCCUGACCUCGCCACGGAUCAGUUCGGCAACUACGUGGUGCAAUGCAUCCUGAAGAACAUGGACGGCUACGUGUCGUUUGAGGACCUCGUCGAGAGCUUCCAAGGGCACUGGGUGGAGCUGUCGUGUGACAAGUACAGCUCCAAUGUGAUGGAGCGCAUCAUCGGCAUGCUGCGCGGCGAAUCUCGCCAGCGAAUCGUCACGGAGCUCAUCUUUGAGCUGUCGAACCUUCAGCGCCUCAUGCAGAACAGCUUCGGCAAUUACGUCUUGCAAGCCGUCAUUGGCAGUGCCGUGGACCAGUACGAGUUCAAGUGCGUCUACGACGCCGUCACGCCGUUUCUUCACACCAGCCCCUAUGGCCACCGUAUCGAGGCGAAGCUCAAGAGCCGUUACGACGUCCUGUACAAGAGCACAUCCAUGGACUGCUGCCCGGUGGACGCCUCUCCAAAGUAA